AUGGCGGCACUUCCCGGCUCCGGCGUGGCCAAGCGGGCCUUCCGCCCGAUACAGCCACGACUCCCAGUCUCCGGUGAUGCUGGUGGUGCUGAUGGCCCUCCUCCUGCUCCAGGUGGCGUCGAGCUGGGAAGGGGCCAGCGGGUUGCGUGCGAGCUUUGUCGCCGGCAGAAAGUCAAGUGUGACGGUGGCACUCCGGCGUGUACGAGAUGCAUGGCUCGCCGAGUCAAGUGCACAUAUCCGGUUCCCGUGACCAGUAAAUCCCAUGACACGCUCAAGCGCAAAGUUGCAGAGGUCGAACGCGAGCGCGAUGUGUACAAGCAGCUCUUCGACGCGGUCAGGGACAAAUCCGAAGCCGAGGCCACAGAGAUCUACCGGCGCAUCCGCACCGGCCGUGACGCCCAAGACGUUGUGCGCCACAUCCGCGAGGGCGACCUACUGCUCCAGCUUCGCCUGGCUCCAGAAACGCGAAUGCUGUACACAUUCCCCUACCUCAGGCAGAUGCCGGCAUAUCUGUUCGAUGGCAACCCUUACCUCGAUUCGGCCCUGUACAAGUCAGCUAGUGUUCUUACAGAGCACACGAAGGCACCCGCCAAUGACGUUGCAGCACCCAAGAACGACCCGAGUCUCGUCCCGUACCAUGCUGCCGAGGUCGUCGAUCCCCGCUUCGAUCUCGUCGAGGCGUCUGCAUGGACCACAGUCAUUGAGGGCAACGCCCUCUUUGUUCGCCUUCUGCAGACCUAUUUCCAGUUCGAAUAUGUCUUUUAUCCCCAGUUCCACAAGGAUUGCUUUCUGGACGACAUGGUGGCCAACCGGGAACAAUUCUGCUCUCCUUUCCUGGUCAACGCAAUACUGGCAUCUACAUGUCAUGGUCACCUAGCCAUUCCUAACCGUGCCGCAUUUUGGGACCCCCAAAGCCUCCAGUAUCGACUGCUGGCCGAAUGCAGACGCCUUUUCGAGCUCGAAGCGGGCAAAAUCAAACUUACCAACGUACAAGGCGCCGCUGUGCUUUCCAUUGUCAACGACGCGAACGCAUGUGACGAGAUCGGCAGCAUGUACCUCGAACAUGCGGUUCGCGGCGCUCGCGCGCUUGAUCUCUUUUCCAAGCCCGGUGCGUCUUUGGACAGGAAAUCCCAAAUAUCCCGCACGAUGACUGCCUGGGGCGUGUUUGGGUUACAAGCUGUCCACAGUUGUCAUGUCUUCCUGUUGCCAAUUCUGGAUCGACCUCCAACAGUCCCGUUAUCUGAUCCUGAUACAGACACUGGCUUUUAUGGAGAAAUAUGGCUUCGAUAUCCGUCGAAUGAGCAGCUAUUCCCCAUGAACUUUGGCCAUUCGUUCAAGGCCAUAUCUGAAUUCCGGGCGGUUGUGAACGAGUUCGCAUUAUAUUCUUUCAACGCGAGAAAGAAUCCACAAGAUCUUACUCUCCUAGCGGCGAUGAAUUUCCGGAGGAAGAUCAUGGACUGUUAUGCGCGACUUCCCAGGGAGCUCUCUGCAGCAAACAUCAAGUAUCCCCAUCAGCUCAAACUCCAUAUGCAUUACUACAACAUCAUCAUCAUGAUUUUCGAGUCUGUUGUGGCAUCACAGAGCGAUUUACAGCCCCGCAUGUUCAACAUACCAAAGGAGUUCGAUCCAAGCCAUAUCCUCGUUCAAGCAAAGAAUCGAUUGGAGGUGCUGCUAAGAAUCUACUACCUUCAUCAUGGGUCGGAGUUUUAUGACAUCUUUAUGAUCCAGCUGCUUUCUUAUACCGCGUUCAUCCGUCUGAAGGAGCUCGCCGCCGAGAGCAUAGAAGGCACGCCAGGUGAUGAUAAAGUUCGAGACGCAAAGCGUUCGACAAUCAUUCUCGCCGCCAAGGGUCUAUAUGACCAGGCUGCAAACUCGUACCUAGCCGAGGCGGUCCUUCACAUGGUUAAGGACGGCAUGGAUGCUCAGGAUCUCAGUAUCUUACAGGGAUAUCUGACUCUGCGCAAUGAGCGAGAUGACGGAGCACGCAGGUCCUUGAUUGCCCAGCAUGUACGGUCAGCCUGGCCGAUUGGUGUCGUCGGAAUGGAUGAGGACUUUGAGGAUUUGAAACUUAGCAAUCGCGUCAAUGCUAUGGCAGCAGACCCGAGCACGAAAAGCGAAGGGGCUACCGAUUGAGAAGGAUACGGUAGGCCGAGUGUGUUUUCCGGGCCACCCUUUCCAGCAUGCCUCGUCAAACUCACA